UGCACGCAGCCAUGGUAAUAAAUCCAGCGCUAAUACCGCUUUCGCUUAGAUUUCUGAACAGUAUAUGUAUCUGAAGGACCUCAAUCAAGCACGACAAAUACGUUUUUUUCUUCGAAUUGACGUUUGGAAUAUUAAUUUGACAUGUUUAUCGCAGCAUUGGGAAACGUAGCUGUCCUCGCGUUGGCUCUCAUCUCCGCGAUUUCAGGUGAAGAUUAUCCACCUCGGGCACAGAAUGUAGCGUGGUCUUCCUUUAACUUUAAGACAAUUUUAACUUGGAGUCCCAAACCCACAAACUAUUCUUACAGCGUGCAGUACUCCAGACUGGGUGAGGACAAGACCCUGCACUGCAUCCUAACGCGGGAGACGGAGUGUGACCUGACCGAUAAGAUGGAGGACGUGAGAAACACCUACACUGCUGACGUGAUCUCGGAGCCCCUGCCCUCAGCAAGAGAAGACAUCGUGGAGCUCCCAUACACCUCAGCACCUCACUUCUGCCCCUAUGAAGAAACAAAAAUAGGAAGUCCGAAGUUUAAGGUGGUUCAGAAUGAGGACAAGACUAAGAUGGAGCUCCACAUCCAAGAUCCCCUGACGGCCAUAAAGAGAAAUGGGCGCCCGGUGAACAUCCGAGAGAUCUUCACGCGUGACCUGAUGUACAAAGUCCAGUACAGCAAAGCUGGAAGCACAGGAAAAAGCAAGACUCAGAACCACAGUAAUGUGGUGGAGAUUAAGAAGCUGGAGGAGGGCGUGAGCUACUGCUUCUCUGUGGCUGCGUACGUCAAAUCCCGCAAAUCGCAGAAUCAGAUGGGUACAUGGUCCCUUCCCGUCUGUUGGCCUCCGAAGACGCCAUCUUUCUUUGAGGAAGUCAGCUGGUACGUGUUAGCAGGGGGUGCGGCCAUCCUCUUGGUCAUCCUUAUUCUCCUGAUCGUCACGAUCAUUCUGUGCUGCAAGAGGGCCCGGUUCUCCAAGCAGCUGAAGGUCGAAGGCGCAUUGGGGACAACAACGACUGCUGUAUAGAACGCAUUGCUGGGGACGAAUCCAAGUCUGGGAGGCUUGCACAGCACUUUGUGGAGUGUGGCUGGUCCACACUCCUCUCUUUGGGAGAAGCCCUCUUGCAUUUUUACACCUGACAGUUUCUGUGAAACAAUGUGUUCGCUCCAGACUUUCCACUUUCUGUCGGGGGAGUGGGGAACAUGGUCCGCAGAUGAGGGUUAAGAUAUUUUUUUAAAGAUAGAUGUACUUUUAUAUGUAAGUAAUUUAUUUAAUAUUUUUUUGUGAAAUAUGAUUUAUUUAUUGAUGAAAAUCAGCUAUAUGUUCCAGCAUUUUGUAGUGUUUUGUACAAUGUUGAAAGUUUUGCACUAUUAAAACGUAUCUGACUGGUACCACCA